AUGGCUCUUCGCUCUCUCUUUGUUUUCAUGGUGGUGGCUGCGUUGUUGUUGAGCACCACAAUGGCUCAAACUCCGGCUACCUCGCCGGUGGCUACUCCUCACAAGAAAGCUAAGCAUCACUCAUCUCACGCUCUUUCUCCCUCUCCCGCCGUUUCACCCUCCGCCGGAGGUUCUCCACUCUCUUCCCAGGGUGCCGUAUCUCCCUCCUCCAUUUCUACUUCACCUUCCGGAGCACCAGGACCGGCUCAAAGCGCUGCCGUUUUGAACAGAUUCACCGUCGUUUCUUCUGCUGCCGUUGUUGUCUUCUCUGCUGCUCUACUAUUGUAG